AUGAUCGUUCCUACAAUGACCUCCCAGCAGUUGAUUCCUUUACCUCCUCCCCUCCCCCAUACCCCCUUCUGCUCGCCGCCAAAGAUCAGCGCGAAGCGCCCCUGCGCGGCGGCGCGCGCGCGGCCUUGGCCGCUGCGAAGCGGGGGUGGGGGCGGCGCUGACAUGGACGCUGCGGCGCGCGGCGGCGGCCUGUACCGGCACCUUGGGACGGGGCGCACCUACGCGAGGCUGGGCGAGGCCUUUGCGCACCCAGACGGCGCACGGGAGGGACGACUGGACGUCGUCCUGGGGGAGGUCAGCGCUGAAGCGGCGCCGGCCAGCACGGGGGCGGCGCCGGCUGGGCGGCUGGUCACGGUGCCCUUCGCGGAGCUGCACGGCAGCGGCGCGGCCGCGCCGGUCCUGGAGCGCCUGGAGCCCGGCGGCGGCGGGCACGGCGUCGGCGGCGGAGCCGAAGCCGUGCUCGGCGUGGGUGCCCCCAGGUACUACCGGCACUUCAAGGGCAAGCUGUACCAGGAGAGCUCGGCCGCGCGCAGAGCUUGUCCGGCGGCGGCGAGGAGGUCGUCUACCGCACGCUGUACCCAUCAUCGUACGCGCUGUUCACGCGUCCAAAGUCCAACUUCGAGGGCGAGGCCGGGGAGAAGGCCCCUGGCAAGCGGCGGUUCGAGGACCUGGGAUGUGAGCCCGGAGGAGCUGGGCGCGGAUGCCGCCGCCCGUGCGCAGAGGCCGUGCCUGGCUCCGCCGCCGGCAGGGCCCGCCGCCUGCUCCAGCAGCGUGGCGUUGGUGACUGGUGCGUCCGCCGGCCUCGGGCGCGAGGCGGCGGUGCAGCUGGCGGCGGCGGGCUUCCUGGUUUUUGCGGCGGCGAGGUCGGCAGAGCGGCUGGCGGAGGAUCUUAUGAAGGAGGCGGACGCGGCUGGGCGGCCGCCACCGCGCAUCGUGGCGCUAACUCUGGACGUGCGGUCGCAGGAUUCGGUCCAGCGCGCCUUCCACGAGGUCCAAGAGCGAGCCGGUCGCCUCGAUGUGCUCGUGAACAACGCGGGGGUCCUGGUCGUUGGCACCGUCGAGAUGUAUCGAUGA